AUGCAAUUUCCCCGUCUAUUUCUACUGGCUGUAGAUAGACUUGCAUCAGUGGCCUCACACGGGUUCUGGGACGGCCUUAAUUGGGCCUGGAAUUUCGCUUGGUCUCGUCCACUUCGUUCUCGCGACAUACUUGAUAAAGAAAACCUUCUCUCCCUCUUUAACCAGGUUUGUCUUGCACCUGGCAGCAAGGACUGUUUAAUAUGGACUUAUCAUAAGUCAGGAAUGUUCUCAACAAAAUCCUUCACCUUGGAGCUUUCAAAGGCUAACCUCCCACCUCAAAUUGAUGCAAUCAAGGGUAUCUGGAAAGGACUAGUUCCUCAUCGCAUUGAAGUAUUUGUGUGGACCUCUCUUCUAGGCCGAAUAAACACAAAAAGUAAGCUUGUAUCUCUAGGAAUCAUCCCACCAUCCGAAGACAUAUGCGUACUAUGCAACUCAUCCUCGGAAAAUCAUAAUCACCUUCUGCUUCAUUGUCCCUUCUCCACUCAGGAGCGAAACUACCGUAUUUUUGAUAAAAUCUCCUCAUCUCUGCCCAAUAUUCAUGAUCUGAUUCUCCUUCGCCUUGGCUGGUGGCUAUCCGGGUGGAAUGAACCUUUCCCUUACUCCCCAACAGAUAUCCAACGAAACCCGAACUGUCUACUUUGGGGUGGGAAAGCUACUCGGCCUCCGAAAUCUCCAUCUCUACUAUCUUCAAUAUGGUCAGCCCCCGCCCACGGCUACCUCAAAUGGAAUGUGGAUGCAUCCUUCAAUCCACACAUUUCUAACUCAGCCAUCGAUGGAGUAUUGCGUAAUCAUGCGGGGCAUUUCAUGUGUCUUUUCUCGUGCCCUAUACCACCCAUGGAAAUAAACUGUGCUGAGGUUCUUGCUAUUCAUAGAGCUUUAACGAUCACAUGGGCCAACUCCUCUCUUCGGGAUACUUCGAUCGUGAUCAAAUCAGACUCGGCUAACGCCGUAUCUUGGUGUAAUAGCGUAGAAGGUGGACCAUGGAACUUGGUCUUCCAACUCAACUUCAUUAGAUCCUCCUGCAAGUCUGGUCUAGAUGUCACGAUUGUUCACAAAGGAAGAUCAUCAAAUCAAGUUGCAGACUCCCUUGCCAAGCAAGGCCUGCUUCGAAGGGACAACUUUGUAGCAUGGCUGUAA